AGCGGUAGCGCACAGUCGGCCAGCACCGGCCCGCUCGCACCGUGCGCUGCUCUGCUCCCUGCGUCCCAGUCGCGUACCCGACGUAAAAAGACGAUCGCGUGCUAACUCGGACACUCGCAUACCCAUCCGACCGGUGUUCGCUCGAUAUUCGCCCGGGGUCUAGUUUCUCGUAGUGCCAUUUGUUUGCAGUGAUCGUGUAGUGCAUCCAUAUAACCCGUUACAAAUAUCAUCAGACUGAUAAAGGUGCGCUGGCAAUCCUACAUAAACCUACGUUCACGUGGACUUGGAGUCGAUAAGGGACCUGUUCAUCUCCUCGACGAAUCCUCCUCCUCAAGGUCACACGAGGAGGUAAACAUCAUUCUACUACAGUCAAUUCUUUAAAGCAGCUAGGAUAUAGAGCAGCGCGGGAACAGCUUAUAAAAUAGGAUGGGGAGGCGAAGGACGGCGCGAUGAGCUAGCGGCAUGGGAGGCGAGGGGGCGGGCCGCGGCGCCGCGCGCUGGCACUUGGGCGACUCGCCCCCGCGCGAGCCCAUGGGCUUCGCGGCGCCCGCCCAGGAUGCGCCGCUGGAGCGCGGGCUCGCGCCGGCGCCCGCGCUCGCGCAGCCCGCGCCGGCCGCCACCGCCGCCGCUCUACAGCGCGCGCACUCCAGAUCGAUGUCGUCGCUACCACCGGAGCCUUUUAUGAUGCUCAGAGCGAAAGCUCUGAGCAAACGUGUGAUAAUCAACGUAGGCGGCGUCCGACAUGAAGUGCUGUGGCGGACACUGGAGAGGCUGCCACACACGCGCCUCGGCCGGCUGCGCGACUGCAACACGCACGAGGCCAUCACAGAAAUCUGCGAUGACUAUUCAUUGCAAGACAAUGAAUAUUUCUUUGAUAGGCAUCCGAAGAGUUUUAGUUCAAUUUUAAAUUUCUAUCGGACUGGAAAGUUACAUCUAGUUGAUGAGAUGUGCGUUUUGGCGUUUAGUGAUGACCUCGAGUAUUGGGGUGUAGAUGAACUGUACUUGGAAUCGUGUUGUCAGCAUAAGUAUCACCAGCGAAAAGAGAAUGUGCACGAAGAAAUGCGCAAGGAAGCUGAAAGCUUGCGGCAAAGAGAAGAGGAAGAGUUUGGCCAAGGCACUUGCGCUCAAUAUCAAAAAUGGCUCUGGGAUUUACUAGAAAAACCCACUACGAGUAUCGCAGCUAGGGUGAUCGCGGUAAUCUCGAUCCUCUUCAUCGUGCUGUCCACGAUAGGGCUCACUCUCAACACCAUUCCGCAAAUGCAAGUGUACGACGACAAGGGCGCGCCCAUGGACAACCCGCAGCUGGCCAUGGUCGAAGCCGUGUGCAUCACGUGGUUCACGCUCGAAUACGUGCUGCGGUUCAGUGCCUCGCCGGACAAAUGGAAGUUCUUCAAGGGAGGACUUAACGUGAUAGAUUUAUUGGCGAUAUUGCCUUAUUUCGUGUCUCUAUUUCUGCUCGAAACUAAUAAAAACGCGACAGACCAGUUCCAAGAUGUGCGCCGUGUUGUACAAAUCUUUCGUAUCAUGCGAAUAUUGCGUAUCCUCAAACUCGCCCGCCACUCGACCGGGCUGCAGUCGCUCGGCUUCACGCUCAGGAACUCUUACAAAGAGCUCGGACUGCUCAUGUUGUUCCUCGCGAUGGGAGUGCUCAUAUUUUCCUCGCUGGCAUACUUCGCCGAAAAAGAAGAGCCGGGAACUAAAUUUAUUUCUAUACCGGAAACGUUCUGGUGGGCCGGCAUCACCAUGACCACAGUCGGAUACGGUGACAUUUACCCCACGACCCCGUUGGGCAAGGUCAUCGGCUCAGUUUGCUGUAUUUGCGGCGUGUUGGUAAUUGCGUUACCCAUCCCUAUUAUCGUCAACAAUUUCGCCGAGUUUUACAAGAACCAGAUGCGCCGCGAGAAGGCGCUCAAGCGGCGCGAGGCGCUCGAGCGCGCCAAGCGCGAGGGCUCCAUCGUGUCCUUCCACCACAUUAACUUGCGCGACGCGUUCGCCAAGAGCAUGGACCUCAUCGACGUCAUCGUGGACACAGGACACAACCUGUCGCAAGGGGACACCACUAGCCUGGAUGGCGAAGUGCCGGCGACCACUGGCUGCUACAAACAGUACGAACAUUCUAUUGGCAAUAAGAUACCGCAGACUGCUGACAAUAUUCAGUUCCAGAGUCCUUUGAAGGAACGCCGCUUCUCAAGCGAGGGCUUGGGCACGCCGGAGAAACGCUUGCUCAUUAAUCCAGACCUGACACCCGAAAAGAAGAUGGCUGAAAAACAGCUUGACUUGGAUCAGCUGCCUUCUGAGUUUGAAUGUUGUUUUUGCACGUUCAAGGGCUACAAAGAAUUCAUAGACGCCGAGCAACUGAUGCCAAUGCCAACAUCGGACCUACGUCAGCCCGUGUGCGUCGAACUAGCUUGCCUGCAACGACACCCGGCGCCGAAAGCUUUGCCCGAAGCGACGCCCAAUAGCCUUGAUAGUCCUGAUACAUUUGCAUCAUGCCUUACGCACCCUUUUCCUUCAGAGGGCGACAUCACGGGCGAGAACGACUCGUCAAACUUGUAUGUGAAUCCGUUGGACGGUAGCGGCGGUGGCGGGGCGGGGGUGAGCGGGGGCGGGGUGUCGGCGGAGUUUAACGGUGUGCGCAAGAGCGCCUCGGGGGACAUUUUGUGUGCGAAAGGUUCUCAGGGCGAGGGCUCGCCGCGCGGCUCGCAGGGCAGCCUGUCGGGCGCGGCGUGCGGCGACGCGGACGCGCGGCCGCUCGACGCGUCGCGCUGCAGCCUCCCGCCGCCGACCGACGACUCGCCCGCCGCCGCCGACGACUCCAAGCCCAAACACAGAAAAGCGCGUUUUCAACAGGAAUGGUCGGAGGAAGAGAAGAAGCCUCCGAGAGGGAUAGCAACGAGGAUUAUCAAUCAUCACAUUCUGUUUGGUAAGAAUGGCAAUAAGCGCACCGGAAGCAGUUGGCCCCACGAGAGUGACUCGCGAUCUCGCUCCAUCUUGAAGAAUAAAGAGUUCCGGGGCACUGACAGUGAACUACUCCUACAAGAGACGAAUUCCCUUGGUGCUAAUGGUGACUCGGGUAGCGAGUCCUCCCCAAUUCGUCUCAAAGACUUCAAGGGUCAAAACCACAAAGGCAGUGCGGCAGAUAGAAGCAACCUUGUAACGUAGGUCGUAGAGCAUAAAGACUUAUUAAGGCCACACUAGCCCGCUCACGCCUCGCGAUCCUGCCCCCGCGCGACGCUCGUAGGCGUAGAUAUAGCUGUGUACCUACGUAUACAUAAUACUUCAUAUAAAUAAAUAAAAUUAGAGCGCAAUAAAAAAUCCAAAAAAUAAUUUUAACAUAUCAUUGGGCGAUUGUGACUGCUUGUUGAUAGACGAUUUUCAUUUUGUAGGGUUUAUUAUAAAUAUUGUAUAAAAAUAUUACUUAAUGUAAUAAUCGUUCAUUCCAAUCGAAAAGUUGAAAGUACCUAUUUGUUAAGUUUUUUUUACGUGCAAUUAUUAAUUGCUAAUUCUAAUUUAAGCGAAUAUAGUUUGUACAGCAUAGUUGAAUAAAAAAGAAGCAAUUAUUAAAAUUAAAGAUUUUCUGAAAUUGUUA